AUGCUUAGGUUCCUCAAUAUUAAGAGUAUUGUCCCUGACAACGCGCGUAAUAGACAAUUCUUCAUGUCUUGGGGGAUUAACGUCAACUUUAGUGUUAAAAGACCUACGCUCCACCACUGGCACCACCCCUCUUCAGAUUGGGUUGUUCUUAAUUGUGAUGGUUCUAUUAGGGAAGGCCUUGGAGGGUAUGAUUGCAUCAAUAGAAAUCCCAGAGGCAAUCCAUUAUUUGUCUUAGCAAGCACUACUCCUUCUAGCAUCUUGUGGACAAAAAUCUAUGCCAUUCAUUGGGGUCUGCUUGAGGCUGUUUGUAUGGGAAUCCCCAAUCUUAUUGUUAGAUUUGAUCCCCUUUCUGCCGUCAAGGCCAUUAAUGGCGAGCAACAAGCACAGUGGGCUACUUGGAACCUUCUGCAAGAUAUUUGUGAGCUCUCACAUCACGUCCAUGAGAUAAGAUUUCAGUUUUACUUUAGAGAAUCCAAUCACUAUGCUGAUUGGCUGGCAGACAUUGUAUACAACUCUAAUGAAAUCUCAUUUUGUAUGGAUAAUCUCCCUCCCCAUGCUUACUCUUUUUUGUGA